GAAUUCAAUAUGGUGACCAAUGACGUCAUAUGCCAUGGAAUGGAGGUUGUGCGACAUAGUUCAGUGGCAUUCUCCAACCUAAUUUUGAUUUUGAUCGCCGGAGAACGUUUAUUGCUGGUCUGGAAACCAAUGAAAAAAUAUGUUACCGCAAAAAUGAAAACUAUCUUUAUUCUGGUUCUGCUGUUGAUAUCGGUAAUUUGUUCUAUUCCUGCAGCACUUAUUAUUGAAGUGGCACCUCACAGUAACGAUGCAUCCAAAAAUGAGACAAACCAACCGAAAGUCUUCAAUCAUGGCACCGAGACAUCGGAAACAUUUUGUUGGUAUACAACAACUACUUUGGGCGAUAAUGGUAGCAAAAUUUAUAGGGACUUCCUGUCCACCAUGAUAUCAGCUGAACUCCUGCUCCUGAUAAUAAUUUAUGUCAUUGUCUACGUAAUUCUUUAUACACACAAGAAACGUAUUCGGCAUUCAGUUUCGCAUUCUACUGGACAGCCAUCAGAAAAUCCACAAAAACUUGAGGAGAGGCGGGAAAGGGGAAUAUUGAACAAAAGUACUAAUGGUGACAGUAUUGAAACUUAUUCACCAAGACCAGGAACCUGUCCAGAACCAAACACAGAGGAGGGAUCGGCUGCACACUCGAGAACAGAAUCACCUGUUGAAGGAGUGACGUCAUCUCAGGAGGACGGUCUUCAAAUCAGUCAAACAAGGAAAAAUAAAGUUCAAAAGCGAAAGAAAAUACUUCGUUUCUCUAAAAGUACAUCUUAUGUUCGAACCAAAACCUGGACCAUGAUGUUCGUGUGUACAUUUAUUUAUCUAAUUUGCUGGAUUCCUUUUUUCUUUGCUAUUUUUAAUAUAUAUGACAGUUUGGUGUUUCGAUACUUCUUUUUUCUUGGGCACGCAACAAAUCCUAUUGUAUAUAGUGUGGUUAACAAGAAAAUCAGACAAGGAAUCGCGGAUAUUUUAAAGAAAUUCAACAUAUGUCUUUGAGGAUGGACAUGUAUUUAAUGCUUAUUACUCCUAUUUCUUUGUUGUUUUUUUUAAUU